AUGGUCAUUACGAUGUCCUCUUACAAGCGCUUGUUACCUCGCGAGGUCGGCUCUCGAAGAUCUGAUGGCAACGCAGACCCCAGUACUACCUUAACUGACGCUGACCGGCCUGCUUCACCUCCACGUGUUUGUUUUGUCAACACCGUGGCUUGCGGACAGUGCCGCCAAAAAAAGUGUGGAGGACAGAGACCAAUUUGCGACCGUUGUGCCCGGAAUGGUAUCGACUGCCACUAUGAUGCUAACAUAGGCGAAUCCCGGGCUUCAACAUUGAGGAAAAGGUACGGCGCACUUGAUAGGGAAGUUGGGCAGCUGAGGGAGGAAAACCGUCAUUUCAAAAAGCUCUACAGCUUGAUCCGCACGGGGACCGAGAACGAAACAUUAAAAGUCCUCUCAAACAUCAGAUCUAGUAGCAAUUACAUUGCAAUUGCUGUACCGAGGUUAUUGGGCCAAGGCGACACUACGCUGGCUGGGCCUACAGCAUCUUCCAGUUCGGUCAAAGAAAAUGACGAAACUUCAGUCAAAACAUUCAAUGCUUUUGUUGCCGACAUUCAAGCAUUACCCUGGACUGUCGUCGCGGGGAACGAUGUGGUUUCGGAACUUAUAUCCCAAUACUUUACUUUCGACUAUUUAUAUGUUUUUCCCGCGAUACCACGCUCUAUAUUUAUUUAUGAAAUGAACAGUGGGGAUCCCGCUGCGUCAACUGCAUGUACCCCGUUGCUUGUGAACGCCAUAUGUUUUCUGUCUCCGAAAGAGUCUUUCGGCCUUACACCACGUGAGGACAUGGCUGAACAGUUCCUACGAGAGGCAAAUACUUUACUCCAAAAGGAAACGAAGCGAGACUCUUUGCCAACUUGCCCAGCUACUUGCCUGAUUCAUGCUGCCGUUGCCGUCAAAGACGAGGCCAGCGGUGACGUGUUUGCCAAAGUAGUUUUCACAUGA